AACCUACAUUUUAUUUUUAUUUCUUUUUUAAAUAUUGUUUAACUAACAUAUAUACCUCUACAUACAUAUAUAUAUAUAUAGUCUACUGCUGUUAUAAUGGGUUUUGUUGUUGCUGGCGCAGCUACUGCUGGUCGUCUCGGUAUUAAAGCAUUCCAAGAAUAUCAAAAAUUACCAAAAAAGCCCAGACUUUCCAAGUUUUAUAAAGGUGGUUUUGAUCCAAAAAUGAACAAAAGAGAAGCUGCAUUGAUUCUUGGUCUUAGGGAAUCACAAGCAACAAAGCAAAAAAUUAAAGAAGCUCAUAGACGCAUCAUGUUACUUAAUCACCCUGAUCGUGGGGGUUCACCUUUCUUAGCAUUAAAGAUUAAUGAAGCAAAAGAUUUUUUGGAAACAAAAGUGAAAAAGUAACGUUUAGCCCUAUAAACAUAUCAUUCUUUCUUCCCUCCUUCCAAUACAGCCAACAUUGUCAGUAAAUCAAACUUUGGUUAUUUUUAAAUCUAUUAUACUAUCACAUAUAUACACCUACAUAAACGACUAGAUUCACAGAAAAUACACAUAAUAAAUUCUUCUUCAUACAUGAUAAGCUUUUACUUUACA